AUAUACAUUACAUACAAGACUUCAAUAUGUUUUAGAAUUGCAUUGAGAUCGGACACAUGUUUGAUUUUCUCUGAUUAUAUGAACUUAUGCAAAUUGAGUGACAGUUGAUCUUAGUGUUUAUUUAAGUCUUUGAUAUUAGUUGCCAAUUAUGAUUGGAAGUAAUGGAAACUGCAGCGAAAUGCAUGAUGGAUGGCAAGAAGUAGAGAAAUACCUGUAUGGGGAAACUAUGCAGUUUGAACAAGAAACGAUGAAGUUUGAGAGCGGAAUAAUGCAGAACUUGGACCAACUAAAUACGGGAUUCCCUACAAGCCCGGUUUCACCAGUGCGUUCACCAUCAUCACCAGGAUCAAAUUACUCGUGCAAUAGCCCAAGUGGAUGCAGCAUGGGGUCACCGGCUCCAGUUAACAGCCUUUGUGUUAAUCAGGAACUGUAUGAUGAUUUGUUGGAUUUGGACUUUAUCUUGUCAAAUACAAUGGACAACAAUAACUUGUCCUUGUACGCCGAUGAUAACAAUUGUUUGAAAAUAAAGCAGGAACCCUCUGCUGACAACUCAUUGCCGGACUUUACUUCUAGUUUCUUAGACAUACCAGACAUUAAACUAGAAAAUUUCAAAAGCUGUGCUAAUUCCGUUUCAAAUACAUUUCCAGAAGUUGAAUCUAGCAACAAAGUUGAUGGUAACCUUGUGAUACCAAAACAGGAAUGUACAUCAAAUUCGAAUACGUGUGCGAACUUUACCGCAACACCCAUGCGUCAAGAGUGCAAUCCUCAGCAUACGCAACAACAGAUGCAUUAUAGCAUGAACAUUCCCAGCCAAUUAUCACCACCUUCGUCGCCGGAUCUCUACUCAGACAACACCCAUAAAUGCUUGCCAGCAAUGCCUCAACUACAGCAAAUGAGACCUGCACCUCAUCAACCACAUCAGCAUUCAACGCUCCCACCGUACCCGCACCACAUGACUCCACAGUUCCAGCAGUACCUCAUGUCUCAGCAUCUGAUGCCAAAACUUGGUCAGCAUGGUCACAUGACUCAGUUACCUCCCCACAUGAUGACACCGCCAUCAUCGCCACAACAGUUUGUUGACCUUCUCUUGCCACAGAGCAUCAUGGACCCAGCUUUGGUCCAACCAAAGAAACGUGGACGACGCACCUGGGGCCGCAAACGCCAGACAACCCACACUUGUUCUCACCCGGGUUGUACCAAAACCUACACAAAAAGUUCUCAUUUGAAGGCUCACCUCCGAACGCACACUGGCGAGAAACCUUAUUGCUGCACGUGGAAGGGAUGUGGCUGGAAGUUUGCACGAUCUGAUGAGCUUACACGCCACUACCGCAAACAUACCGGUGAUAGACCAUUCCAAUGUCACCUCUGUGAGCGCGCCUUCUCCAGAAGCGACCACCUGUCACUCCACAUGAAGAGGCACAUAUGAACAUUAUCCAGGCAAGUGUCUAUACGAAUAAAGGCACUCUAUGGAAGCAGAUACGAGCUGAUAUAGAGCUCAGACUUAUUUUUAAGGAAUCCAAAAGGACUGAUGUAUUUAUUUGAACGAUUAUUACACUUUGAUAAUGUGUGUAAUUAAUUUGAAUUGUGAAAAAAGUUAAGUUUUCACCAAUGUUACGUUUUUGGAUAGCCUUUAAAAUAUAUUGUCUUAGAGGUUGUUUAUUUUUGUUGGAGAGACUGACCGGUUCAGUUUUGUAAGUCUAACAUCAAACCUUUUGAGAUGAGUGUGGUGCUGGCCGCCCCAUGAGGCUCAAAUAGGGAGGUGUAGAGGUGUACAUUUUGUUCCAAAUACAUUGUUAAUGUAUCCAUGGAGACCAAUGUUGUUAAAUACUUUAAAGGUCAUGCGAUUGUUUGUUUAAAUAUAUAUUGUUAUAUUUUUAUAUAUAUAAUAUGAAAAUCAAACUUGAAAAAAAAUAUUAUUUCAACUGCCGAGCCUAAACCAAAUUGAAAAUUGUAGAAAGAUAUUAUAAUAUACAAAAAGAAGUGUUUUUUUUUAGAAAUAUAUAUGUUAUAUUCAAAUGAUAUUAUAAAUAUCGACUGCACUGAAUUGUACAACUUCUAGUGCUAUAGAAUAGUAUACGAUUGCUCUAUAUUUUUGUAUAUUAAGUAAUAUUUAACAUGAUAUUAUAUUUUAUAGAUUUUUUGCUCGCUUUUUAAGUGCUGUUUAUAUUUCAAAUGUUUUAUAUUUUUUCCAUUAAAAUAGAACUGAACGAGAAACUAUGAAUGUGCAAUUAAGUGUGUUCAAACAUUAUGGUAGAGAACUAGCUGACCUGUUAAUUAAUAUAACACUUGAUUAGUAUGAUCAGGCCGUAACACGAUUCACGUGUACUCAUUUCUUUAUAAAACUUUUUUUUCCUAGCUAGUUAUACAUUACAAAUUAUUUAAUCAGAAAAACGUAGACUUCUUUUUAGUGAUAUUUAUCUUUCGUUGGCUUUUUAUUUAGAUUUUUCUCCCAUUUGUUUCCCAAACAGGCUUUGGCUUCAUUUAUAUCCAGUUAGGAUGAAAAUCUACAUGAAACAUUAUUUUCUCAAAUUCUAUGCUUUUCCUAUCUUAUCUGUUUGUUUUUUGUGCUUGUUAAUUUAAUUAUUCUGUUUAUUUUGUUUAACUUGUUUUUGGUGCUUUCUUGCAAACUUAUUAUUUUUGAACUUCCCCCACUUUUGUACUAGUCAAUUUUGCUACUUAUUUUGUAAUAUGUGCCAUUUUCUCAUAUCUUACAUUGGCUGGAACCAAAGUUUAUUGCUGCGCCUUAUUUAUUCUCAUUGAAAAUAUAAAUCAAAAUUUGUAACUUCAUUUGUAUCUUUUUAAAAAAAUAAAGAACGAAAACUUAACCAAAUGCUGUCUUUUGAUACCUUUUUGGAAAGCUUGUAUUAAAUUUAUGGAAUUUGUUUGCUAUAGUUUUAAUAAAACAGCUAGGGCGUCUAAGAAGUUUGGUUCUUGUCGCAACUGUGUAUAAACCAGCAAGACUGGUCAUUUCAUGGUGAUCAUAAAACCCGGUAAAAUCGGGAAAAUAAAUUAUUGAAACUUACAA